AUGGGUUUUUUAGAAGACAGAGAUUUGAGUGGCGUUCCUAGUAUUCCGGAGUUUUAUAGAGGAAAAACCAUUUUUAUUACUGGGGCUUCGGGAUUUAUGGGCAAAGUCCUGUUGGAGAAGCUGCUGUACUCCUGCCCAGACCUGGACAGGAUCUAUAUACUUCUCAGAAACAAGAAAGGAGUGAAAUCAGAGGAUAGACUGGCACAGAUCUUCGCUGCACCUUUGUUCGAAAGACUCCGCAAAGAGAGACCCGGCUUCGAAUCCAAAGUAUUUGUUGUCGCUGGAGAUGUUAUGGAACUUGGUUUAGGUAUAUCUGAAGAGGACCGCGCGUUGAUUGUCAAUCGUGUGAACAUUGUUUACCAUGUUGCAGCUAGCGUUAGGUUCGAUGAUCCUCUGGAGUACGCUGUGCGUAUGAACCUCCGAGGCACCAAAGAGAUGGUGGAACUGGCUGCAGACAUCAGGAAUUUAAAUGUCUUUGUCCACGUAUCAACUUCGUACGCAAACACGAACAGGGAAACCCUUGAGGAGGUCGUCUACCCUCCACACGCUGAUUGGAGAGAGACCCUAAACAUCUGCGAGACUAUUGACUCUCAUACAUUGAAGGUGCUGACUCCGAAAUACCUAGGAGAGCUACCCAACACCUAUACAUUCUCCAAGCAGCUGGCUGAGAACGUAAUAGCUGAAUAUAAAGGGAUCCUUCCAGUUGUCAUUAUCAGACCCUCUAUUGUAAUUUCAAGUGUGGAGGAACCAGUGCCUGGGUGGAUAGAGAACUUCAAUGGACCUGCAGCUCUGUUGGUGGCCUGUGGAAAAGGUAUCCUAAGAAGUAUGUACACAGACCCUGACCUGGUGGCAGAUUAUAUGCCGGUUGAUAUCUCCAUCAAGAGCUUCAUCGUGGCGUCCUGGUUGAGAGGAACAAAGGAACUGUCUCCAAACGAUGACCUGCCCAUCUACAACUGUUGUGCUGGAAAACUGAACAGUAUUACCAUGGGAGAGAUGAUAGCAAUGGGGAGACAGAUAUAUCCAUCAGUUCCUAUCAAUGACAUGCUUUGGACUCCUGGUGGAAGUUUGACGAAGUCGAAAACUUUACAUUUCAUUAAGGUGAUAUUUCUCCAUCUACUUCCAGCGAUUUUAGUGGAUACUAUCCUUUGGGUAGCGGGCAGAAAACCAAUGCUGGUGAAAAUUCAACGACGUAUCUAUAUAGCGAAUCUGGCCUUAAUGUACUACAUCACAAAGCAAUGGACGUUUGAUAAUAAAAACCUGGUCCUCAUGAGGUCCAAGAUCAAGAAAGAGGAUAUAAAGCAUUUUUACUAUGAACUGGAAAAUGUCGAUCAAUACAAAUAUUUUGUGAAUGCUGUUAAAGGUGGCAAGAAGUAUCUUUUAAAGGAAAAAGAUGAAGAUAUGCAGUAUGCUAAGAAACAUUAUGCCAGAAUGGUGGUCGUGGACAUCGUAGUACAGAUAAUAAUCUAUAGCACUUUAUUCUGGUGGUUCAUGAAAUUAAAUUGCGUACAAAACCUGAUUUCUGUAAUAUACAACAAAUAA